CCAAAAAAGGCUAAUAAGAGGAAAAUAAUUCAGUGUUUGGAAGGAAAAUUUAUCAAAAUUUUGUUUUUUCUUCUUUCUUUCUCCAUCUCCACAUUUAACUCACUUUCAACUUGUUAAAUGUUAUUUCAUGAAGUAUGAUGAUGUUGUUCAAGUUUGUGAUAUAAUUGUGAAGGAAAGGCAAAGAGGAGGAAGAUGAUCAAGAAGAAGAUGAUGAAAGGAUGAGGAAAAGGAGGAAGAAGGAAGAUUGCGUGAGAUGAGUAAGCAAAAAGUGAGCAAGACUGAGUCGACAUUGAGAAACUGGGAGUGAAUUUUAUGCUCAGUUAUCAUUGAGACUUUAUUUGAGUCACAAUGUGUUUUCAAUGUUUAAUGGAGUAACUUUCUUAUUGUCCGGUUUUUCACUUUUUUGGAUUGACUCGACAUUUUUUUAAACACAAUCAAUGGACAUUUCAAAUCAUGUUUAAAAGUGUAACAAUAGACUAAUCAAGUGUUUAGGAAGUUUCACUUCUCUUCUUCUUCUCUGUUUAUAUUACACUUCAUCAUUGCUGUCAUCAAUUUUGUUCAUCAAGUUUCAAAUGAUGACAUUGUUUGUUUGUGUUUGGAUAACGCUCCUUUUUGUACCCAAAAGUUUAACUAAUCAUCAUUUUGGUAAAUUCAGUUCGCCUCACAAAAAUUAUCCUUUUGAUCAACAUCAACAAUCUGGUCUACAUGACUCUAAUCGUGAUCAUCACAUGGUUAAACAAGACAGUCAGUUUACCAUUGAUACAAGUCAAAAAUCAACUUUUCCGUUCUUCUCAUCUUCACAUAAUCAAUUGACCGAGGAAAGGUUAUUUGAAACUCCAUCGGUUUGGACUCAUGAUCAUAUCUCAAUGACACUCCCAGACAAAGGGAAUGACAUUGAAAAGCCAAGUGAUAAUGAUGAUGAUGAUGGCGGUGGUGAUGGGGAAGAUGGUGGAAUCGAUGAGGAAGCCGAAGAAGAUGAUGAAGAGGGAAAUAGCAAUAAAAAUGGAAACAUCUUACCGUCAGAAUAUGAUACAGUUGAAUCAAAUAUACUUGGCUCGGGUUCAACAGGGAGUAAAAAUGGAAACAAUAAUAAUGAGCAAACUGUCAACCAUGGAUUGACCAGGAAAACUCCUAAAAAUCAAGUUCCACAAUCAGCCAAAGAUUCACAGCCUUAUUUAAAGUUGAUUGGUAAAUUGAGAAAUGUAACUCGUACAAUUGGAUCGAAAGUGAGGUUAAAAUGUUCAUUUCGAGGUUAUCCUUUACCAAUCAUUCGAUGGCUUAAAAAUGAAGCUCCAAUUGAACCGGUCAGAGGUAAAUUAACAAUCAAAUUGAUUCCUUCAAAUGGAGGAAGAUUAACGUCCAGACUGUUAAUCAACAAUCUGGACAUUCAUGAUACUGGUUAUUACAAGUGUGAAGCAACAAAUAAACAUGUAACUCUGGAAACUCUUGGAAUCCUUGUUGUCACUUCAGAUACUGGAUCAUCAAAUUUGUUAAGCAAUUCAAUACCAAUAAUCACCGAUUAUCCAAAUUCAUUGGGACAUUUCAAUGGAUUUCAUCAAACUCAAUCAAAACCAAGCUCAUCGAAAGCCAUUUUGCCUUCAUCAUCAACUUUAUCACCACCAUCAUCACCAUCAACAUUUCCACUGUCACCAGCAUUGUCAUCAUCAUCAUCCUCAGAGUCUCGUUCAGGACCAAAGUGUAGCCUUUAUGUUGGCAAAUUGUGUUCACAGUUUAUUGGUAAUCGAAGUAUCUAUUUAGAAUCGGAAAUAAGCCAAGAAAUUUUGGAAGAAAAUUUGGCUGUUCUCUUUGAAAUGAUAGCAACAUCACACCAAAUUUCACAUCAAUGCCACCGAUUUGCAAUAUCAUCCGUUUGCUUUUAUAAUUUUCCUGUUUGCCGCACUGAACCAUCAGGCCAAUUGGGAAUACGAAAGAUUUGUCGAGAUGAAUGUGAAAUCUUGGAAAGUUCAAUAUGCCGAAAAGAGUAUUCAAUGGCUCGAAAUAUACCAGUAAUUAACGCCAAUUUGUUGCCCAAGUGUACAAAUUUACCCAUUCUUGGAGCUCCUGGUGAUUCUGAAUGUGUUCAACUUGGAGUGCCAUCUUCAGUUCGUCCUCUUAAAGAUGCUCAAGUAUGCUUCAGUGAAAAUGGACGAGAGUAUCGUGGAAUAGUUGAUCACAGUACUUCUGGACGCAAAUGCCUUCCUUGGAGCGUUGGUUAUAAUACAAUUCACUAUGAAGAAUUGAUUGGAGGCCAUAAUUAUUGCCGAAAUCCUGAUGGAAUUGAAGCUCAACCAUGGUGCCUGGUUGAUGAAAAUUUAAGAAAACGCGAAUUCUGUGAUAUACCUCGAUGUGAGGACACAUACCGUCUAUAUUUCCUACUAACACCAAUAUUGGCAGCCAUUUGUGGUUUCUUGAUAAUAUUCAUUGUGAUCAUCUAUCGUCAAGUUUUAAACCGUAAAUCAAGUGUUGCCAGUUACAUGACAACAGCACUUCGAACUGCUCAAUACUCUUCACCUAUUUCUCCUGUUUUAUGUAAACGAAGUCCUGCUCCAUUGUGGGUUGAAUAUGAUCCUAAUCGUUACUCCGAGACAGUAAAUCCUCAAAGUCCAACUCCUUCAAACCAAUUGAAUCAACUGUCCGAUGUUAUCUCUGAAAAACAGGGUAAACUUAUCCACUAUCCUAUGAGCUCGAUAAAAUUUGAGGGUAAAUUGUGUGAAAGUGAUCUAGGUGAUAUUUUAAUGGGUGAGCUGUUAAUACCUCAAGGGGUAGUUGUUCCAGUAGCAAUAAGGACACUUCGUGAAGAUUCGUCUCCAGCGUUGAUUGAAAACUUCAAAUCAGAAGCUGCAUCUUUGGCUUCCUUACAGCACACAAAUAUUGUUUGCCUCCUCGGUGUUUGUUUUACUGAUAGACCAUUAUGUAUGAUGUUUGAGCUCAUGGCUGAAGGCAAUCUUCUUGGUAUUUUACAAGCCUACAACCCUCGUAAAUCAAGCUCACUUGGUCGCUCCUCCUCAGCCCAGUCAAUAAUAACUCUUGAGAUUCAAGAUUUGCUUCACAUAUCAAUUCAAAUUGCAGCCGGAAUGGAAUAUCUAUCAUCUAAACAUUUCACCCACAGAGACUUAGCAUGCCGUAAUUGCCUGGUCUCUGAUUACUUGACAAUCAAAAUAAGCAAUUUUCGUUUAAAUAGGGAAGAUUAUUCAAGUGAUUAUUAUUGUAUUCCUAAUAAUAUGUCAGUUCCCAUUCGCUGGCUUCCUCCUGAGUCCAUAUUUUAUGAAAAAUUUACUUCAGCAUCAGAUGUCUGGUCAUUUGGGGUUGUACUCUGGGAAAUCUUUUCCUAUGGAUGCCAACCCUACACUGGAUUUUCCAAUGAACAAGUCAUCGAUUUAAUCCGUGAUGGUCAUCACUUAUCAUGCCCAGAAGACUGUCCGCCUCAUUUCUAUUCAAUCAUGUCCGAGUGUUGGAAACGUGAACCAGGAGGACGACCAACUUUUACUGAACUGCAUAAUAAACUAAAAGCUCUCCAAGCAGUUGAAAAUGUUAGAAGUGCACGGCAUGGUUUCCCAAGGGUAGGACCACUUCGUUCUGGUUCUGGUAAUAUAAGUCAAUAUUCAGGUUCCUGUUCACCAGCCCAUUUAACGCGAAAUCCGAUUCCAAACUGUCCAUUACCAAGCCCGAGGAAAGUCAAACGUCCUUUGGUUACAUAUAAAGAGUCAUCAUUUGAAGCUGCUUACUCUAAACUGUCUUUCCCACUUGAAAAAUCAUCCUCAUUUGGUUUUGUAUAAUAUGACAUAACUUAAUAUCUUAAAAAUCUGGAAGAAGAACGCACAGAAAAAAAUGUUUGUUAAUAUUGAUCAAUUCAUUUUAUACAUUGUAAAUACAAUUAAAGAUAAAAAAAUUAACCGCCACAAAAAGCCGUUAAUAUUUAAUUGAAAAUUGUCUCUUUUCAUUAAACACAUGUUUAUCAAUCAUCAUUUCAAGAAACCAGACAUCAUUGGUUGUUGAGAUGCGAGAGGGAGAAAGAACGAAAGCG